CACAAGCCAGUCUCACUCAUCUUCCAGCACGACUGCUGGCAGCCUGAUCGAGCUGCCCUUGUCCACGACUAUUUGCGUAGCCUACUGACGGGCCUUGCUCUUGAGGCGACUAUGGCUCUGGCAUCCGCCUUGGCCGCCUUAGAUGUUAUUCUUAUUGAAUGCGAGGCUGUUCAUGCGAUUGAGACGCAUGGCUCGCCACAUUUUUGA